CCGUUCAUGUUACAAGACUUGUACCUAAAUUUCGUUUUCACCCAGCCACACCCUUUCCAAGAAAUGAACGUUUUUGUAAACACAAUCUGAAAAGUCAGAGCAAAUUUUCACUGCCCGUGGAUCAACAUCCAUCAAGGUAACGUGUUCUCUUUUUACGUUAAGUAAAUAAAUCACUUUUUUUUAGAAACCAAGAGACAAAAACAGAACAUUCGAGAAGACGUAUGGACAACAUCUAACAAGAUGGAUAAGAUAUUCAACAUUCUCCAGCAGCACAGACUGGAACCCUACUACGAUAAAUUCCGCACAUUUGGUGUCAAAGAUGAGAGAGAUUUCGUUGAAGACAUAACUGGUGAAGAUCUAGUCAACAUGGGUUUUACUCAAAUAGAGAAGAAUCGCUUUGAAAAAAUGAAAGUUUUCAUCCAAAGACUCAGAGCGCCACAGCAAGCGAUGCCUGUACAAAAAUCAAUGGAGGCUUUCCAACUGUGGUACACAUACCCCCACUGUCCUGAGCUAAAGGAGAUCAGAGACAUGGAUCCUGCUACAAACACCGUUGAAGACCUGAUGCUAAGGAUCUGUCACCAAGAGGGCAUUGAGAACUCUAAAGCUGUGUGCCUCUACACAGUUGAUGGAAUGCCUCUAACUGAUGAUCCUUUCUUUAACACAUGGUCUUUGAAAGACAGGCACAUUGAAAAUGGAAGUGAGCUCUAUGCCAUAUUUACACCCAAGGAGAACUUGAGACCAGCCCUGCUAGUGACACUGCAAGAAAUGACUGACAUGACAGGAGAGGAUGAUGUUCGAUGCCACAUCAUGCUCAAGGGAGUCUAUGAGCUCAAGGUGAACUUGGAAAGUGACACAAUUACAAAUUUGAGACAGAAGCUCUCUAAUGAAAGUGGAAUCCCAGCACAUGUCCUCCAUUAUAAAGGUGAAAGCCAUGUUGGAGACACAUUGAAAGACUGUGGAAUCAACGUGGAGUCAACAGUGCACUUUUCUUUAUCGUCUUUCCCCGAACACAAUCAAGAUCACUCCCAAGACACAAUAGCAAUCUUCCUUAAUGAUGUCGUUCCAUCAGUGCAACAAACCCAGAAAGGACUCAGUGUUUUCUUUUCUUCACUUUAUGUCAUUAAAGGGAAACAUUCUGGAGAUGGUUUCAAGAAAGUGAUUGCAUACAUCCGAAAGCUCAGUGGAUGCAGUCCUCUGGCCCAAAGUCUGUAUCAGCUGUUGUGCAGAAAUGAGAUUGGAACAGGGACCCAGAAGAUUGCCAUUGUUGAAGGACUGUACAAUCUCUUCAGAGAGCUGCUGCCAAGUCGAAUAAAAAAAAGAGGCGAAAAGAUCAUUGAAGACCCUGACGUUUUUGAGAAUGCCCCAGUUUGCUGGGCUCACCUGAUAUCUGAAGCUGAGGGAGAGAGUUCACAAUAUGAGAUCUAUGCACCAAUGGUUUUGACCUCUCAACCAGGUGAACGCUUCUGUGACCCAGUUCGUUUACCUGAUGUACCGGAGGUCUUUGAAAAACAGUAUGUUCUGCAGAAAAUUCAAGAUGGGGAAAAAAUACCAAACUGCUCUGAUGAGAACCUGAGAGAAACUUCAAUGAGAAGAGCCACUGAUGUUGAGAAGAUUUUGCUCAGUCUGCCUCUGUUCAUCAAAACAUUCCCUGUUUGGAUUUCAUGUGAUCGUGUGACUAGUCAAAACUUUCAGAUAAAUCUAGAGAAGACUUUUGGCAACAUGAAUGAACAGUUGAAAGCAUACCCUCAUCUGAUGGUGACUCCACCAUUGCUGUUGAGGGCUGUAGGGGUGGAGGGGCCACUUCUCGUUCUCUUGAGAGAAGAUAACCUUGGUGUUUACAUCAGUAAAGAAAAAAUGGCUCCUCAGCUGAUCCAGGUUUUUGAUUGCUUAGCUGGGAAAUUCAUCCCUGUGAAUGUGGACGAGUUGGCAAGUCAAAUGAGAGAUGUCAGAAGUGACCAGACGUUCAUGACCAGCCGGACUCCAAAAGAGGCGAUAUUGGUGCUAGUGGAUUCAAGCUCCUCCAUGAAUGAGACAUGCUAUGAUUCCGAUGACAAAAUGACGCGGUUGGAUGCUGUUAAACAGCUCUUUGAUAACUUUGCAACUAGAAGCAUGGCUUAUGAUUUUCAUCAUGUCAUUGGCUUGGUGAAGUUUGACUCAUCAGUUAAAACUCUCCACACAUUUACAGAGACUCUGGAGACCUUCAAGGAACACAUACACAAUCUACAGGCAACUGGACGCACUGUGCUGUAUGACGCCUUGGAUUUUGGAAUAUCUGAGCUGGGAAAAGUUGGGAAGCGAUUUCCAGACUGCAGACUUCGCAUCAUAUGUCUCACAGAUGGGAAUGAUUAUCGAUCAGCAACAAAUCCAGUGGCUGUUACAACCAAAUUGAUGAGCUCUAACAUCAUUGUUGAUGCCAUCAUUGUCGGAAAGGUAGAGAACAAUGUGCUGCGUGGAAUCAGCAAUGCAACAGGAGGUUGUUGUUUCAAACCAAAGACGAGUAAAGCUGGUCUGAAGCUCUUUGAAAUGGAAACCGUUCUGUCUUUGGAGAUGAGGAAGCCGAAGCAGAAAAUCAACCCAUCCUUAAUUAUGAGUGAGAUCGGUCUAGUUGCUCUCUUUGCUAACCGUGGCUAUGAUGAGAAACCAGAGGUUGCUCUUCCAAGUGGAUUAAAUAAUAAAGUGACUGGGACAGAGAAUUCAUUGAAAAAGAAGAUCCAGGAAUCCAAGAGCAGACGCUUUUUGGAGAAGGACAAACGCCUUCUGGAAGAGAUGAAGAGCCUGCACUGUGACCCACACCCAUUCUGCACUGUUUUGCCUUCAGAGUCAGACUUCACAUUUUGGAAGAUUCUCAUGCAAGGCCCCCCUGAAACACCUUAUGAGAAUGGAGUCUUUGAGCUGUACUGUCAGUUUGGGGCUGACUACCCCGUCAAACCUCCACUUGUGCGCUUUGUCACACCUGUGUACCACUGCAAUGUAAACAGUGUGGGCCGCAUCUGCCACAACAUAUUUGACCGCAACUACAACGCUCACAUAACCAUGAGAGAGAUCUUGGAUGCUGUAUAUGGACUGCUCAUCGUUCCUGAACCCCAAGAUCCGCUAGACAGUAUUUUGGCAGAGGAAUACCUGACCAGCAGAGAGAAGUAUGAAGAAGAGGCCAAGAAAAACACAGAGGAAGUUGCAGGCAAAUCAUUAGAUGCCAUGGAGAAGAAUUUGCUGGGUGAAGAGUUGACUGAGAACUUUAUUCCUCAGUAUCUGAUUUGUCCACUUACCAACAAGAUUUUUGUUGAUCCAGUGAUAACCAAAUAUGGAACAAUCUAUGAGCGAAAGGCGAUUGACAAGCAUCUGAAAAAGAAAUCGAUUGGGACUGAUCCAAAAACAAAUCAACAGCUUGGAGCAACUGACCUCAAGCCAUGCCCAGACAUGAAAAGAAUGGUCAAGGACCAUCGCAAAAAGCAAAUUCAGGAGACAAGUGUUUAAAACAAAAAGUAGGAGCCAAAAUGUGUCUUCCCGCAAUAUCCAUUGAAACACGUUAAUGAUGGUGAGGGAAGUGAUACCCAUUGGGUUAUUGAAGUAUGAUUAAAUUGAAAUGUGAUUGAUUGAUCUUUAUACUGCCAUUUUCUAGAACGCCUUCAUUUUCUUGGGGGUUUGUAUCUACGCACUUCAGGUGUAGCUAGCUAAGAUCUAUAUCCUUGGUCAUUUCUUGUUAAUGCUGCGAUAUGUAAAUCAGGGCUCUCCAAUUCUGUUCCUGGAAAGCUACUGUCCUGUAGGUUUUCUCUCCAACCCUAAUCUAGCGCAUUUGAUUCUAAUAAUUAAAUGGUUAAUAAACUGGACCAGGUUAGUUACAACUGAGGUUGGCGUGAAUACCUACAGGAGGGUAGCUCUCCAGGAACAGGGUUGGAGUUAACUUACAGGAGGAGGGUUGGAGACCCCUGAAUUGUAAUUUUUUCGGCGACCUGACCAAAUGCAAAUAAAAAUGUUAGUUAUAGAUUUGUCAUGCUCAUCGAAAGCAAGUCGAAAUGGUAGAUCUGUUCUAUGUGCUCUAUUUCUUUGCUUCCCGUUCUUAAGCUUAGUUUUUGCUGUUUUACUUUUGGUUU